AUGUGGGAAGAGGCGGGUGUAGACGAGGAGAUCCGGGAGCUGAAGACCAUCACCCGGCUCCAGGGUGAGCCACCAGGACACAGCCCAGCCCCGCUCAGGGGCUCUGAGUGCAGGACUUUCAGGUUUAACACAGGGACAGUUGAGGGCAAACAGGCCCUCGGCCACACCCGGCCCCUGACCCGCUGCCCGCCCGCAGAGCAAUGCCUGGCGCUGCAGGUCCAGGCCAUGAAGGAGAAGACCGUCAAGAACAAGGAGACGCUGGCUCUGCUGCGCAGCAACAUCCGUCGCGGGACCCAGGACUGGGCUUUGGCCAAGAAGUACGACCAGCGGUCCAUCUCCAAGGUCAUCCGCCAGUUAGAGAACAACAUCGAAAAGACGAUGAUUAAGAUCACCACGAGCCAGAAUAUCCACCUGCUGUACAUGGGCCUGCUGGACUACCUGAAGAAAGAGCUGGCAGGAUACCCCACAGAGCUGGACAAGCUGCAGAAUCUCGUGGUUGACUACUGCUCAGAACUGCAGGAUAUGACAGUCAUGUCCCAAGAUGCCAUGAUGAUUACUGAUGAAGUCAAGAUGAACAUGAGACAAAAGGAGGCGACCUUCAUUGAGGAGCGCCGGGCGCGGGAGAACAGGCUGAACCAGCAGAAGAAGCUCAUUGACAAGAUCCAUACCAAGGAGACCAGUGAGAAGUACCGUCGGGGCCGGAGGGACCUGGACUUCCCCUCCAAUCUGGUGAGGACAGAAUCCAUCAAAGUGAGGAGAAGAGAUACCUCCAAGGCCGACAUCGAGUACCAGGCAAAUAUGACUGCUUUGGUGGAGAAAGUCAAGACCGCUGUGCGCUGCUCCCACCUCUGGGACAUUGCAGGCCAGUUCGAGGCUCAGAAGAACACGGAGAACAACCUGCAACUGCAGAUGAAAGAUUGUGAGGAGAGGCGGACUCAGAUAGGGGCUUUGAUGAAGAAGCUGGAGAUGGAGGAGGCGCUGCUGAAGUUCCACUUGUCGCCCGGCUCUGACAGCUUUGAGUCUGUCCAGAAGAAAAUGAAGGACACGCUGAAGGAGGAGGAAGAGAGGCUGCAGCUGGCCUACAGUAACAUGACUAAGAGCCAGAAGCUGCUGCUGACCAUCCAGAUGGGCAUCGACAACCUGUACCUCAGGCUCAUCGGCAUCACCCUGCCCACGGCCCAGAAUGAAGUGGCAUUCUCCAAAGGCCCGGGUAGCCUAGACGUGCAAAGCAAACUUGGCCCCGGUGGCCUAGACGUGCUCAGCAAACUUGGCCUGGGUAGCCUAGACGUGCACAGCAAACUGGCAUACUGUGAGAGUAAGCUCCUGUACCUGGCUGACAAAGUGCAGGCGUUGUCCCCGACUGAGGAGAUGAACGCGAAGGUGAGGGACACCCUGGAAUCCUCAACUCUGAAGGAGAAGCAGAACACCAGGAUCAGCUUUGAGGACCUGGAGGAAGAUAUGAUAGGUACAGGCUCGGUCGGGGCUGGCAAGCCAGGCUGCCCAGCGCGGGGGGAAGAUGUGGGGUGGCUGAGCUGUGCAGGGCAGAGGCUGGGCAUGCCGCUUGCUCCAUCUGACCAAGACAGCCAGGAAGGACAGGGAUGGAGAGGAUGA